UUUUGACCCAGCUCUACCUUCUCCAAAACGAAACGAAACAACUCUAAUAAUUAAUUUCCAGCUUUUACAAGCAAAAUAUGAUGAGAAGUUAAAUAAACGUAACUUGAACGCGAUAUCCAAAGCGAUCCAAGUGCCACUAAGCGCGCGGCAAAGCACAACAAGAAGAAAAACAGAAACGGGAGUGUAUAACAGUUGUGCCAUCCCGUCCGCGCUACCGUCCCUACAGCCGGGAUGUCUCACGAACGCCAACGAGGCUCUGGCCCGCUGCCUAAUCGAUGGCUUCAUUGUCCGCGUAAAAGUGAUACACUUAUUGCGGAACGAUUUCUGGCAUUUAAGACGCCACUCAGCAAAGCCUUUCAGGACAAAAUGAGCAUUGAGAAUACAUUUCGUCCCGAAAUGCUCUUCGACUAUUGCAAGUCACUAAAGCUCAAACUAGGUCUGUGGAUUGAUCUGACAAACACAAAGCGCUUCUAUGAUCGCAUCUCAGUGGAAGAAGGCGGUGCACAGUAUAUUAAAUUGCAAUGUCGUGGUCAUGGUGAAACACCAUCCAUGGAGCAGACGCGCAGCUUUAUCGAGCUGGUGGACAAUUUUAUUACAGAGCGUCCACUUGAGGUAAUUGCUGUGCACUGCACGCAUGGCUUUAAUCGCACGGGCUUUCUCAUAAUCUCCUAUUUGGUGGAGCGCUUGGAUUGUUCUGUAGGUGCUGCACUUGCCGUAUUUGCCAAAGCACGUCCGCCGGGCAUCUAUAAACAGGACUACAUAAACGAGCUAUUUCGACGCUAUGAAGAUGAGGAGGAUGCUCCGCAUGCACCUGAACAGCCCAACUGGUGUCUGGAGUAUGACGACAGCAAUGGCAACGACAACGAGCACAGAAAGCGUCAAUAUGAUGACAGCUGCUCCUCUACCUCACAGCAGGCGGCAGCUGCGUCUGCAGGCAAUGCUGUGGGCGAGGAAGAGGAUGAAGUCGAUGGUGAUGAGGCAAAUGGUGAAGAAAACGCCGAAGAUGGUACGCAAAAGAAAAAGCGACGGCGUGAGAUGGUUGUAAAGAAUGCGGUAUUCAUGGCUGGCGUGCCCGGCGUGCGACAUCUAAACGAACAGCCACGACUUGGGGAGCUGCAGCGUAAAGUGCAACACUGGUGCAACUGGCAGAAGAGCGGAUUUCCCGGCGCACAGCCCGUAUCCAUGGACAGACACAAUAUUAAGCGCUUAAGUGAAAUACCCUAUCGUGUGUCCUGGAAGGCAGAUGGUUCGCGGUAUAUGAUGCUUGUGGAUGGACGCGAUGAGAUUUACUUUUUUGAUCGCAACAACUCUUGCUUUCAAGUUGAGAACAUGACCUUUGUGCAGGGCAAGAAUCUGCAUGAACAUCUAGAUGGCACACUCCUGGAUGGAGAAAUGGUGCUGGAUAAAAUUGGUGAGACGGUAACCCCACGUUAUCUAGUCUAUGACAUUGUUCGUUUGGCCGGACGCGAUGUGCGCGAGGAGCCGUUCUUUCCACAUCGCUUGGACUACAUUAAAAAUUGUGUCAUAGGUCCACGCAUCUUGGCCAUGAAGCACGCCAUUAUCAAUCGCGCUUUGGAGCCAUUUAGCGUGCGCAACAAAGACUUUUGGGAUAUCAGAACAUCGGCGCGCCUGCUGGGCGAAAAAUUCUCACGUUCGCUGGCCCAUGAGCCAGAUGGUCUCAUCUUUCAACCCUCACAGCAGCCCUACACACCAGGCGUCUGCUCCGAUGUCUUCAAAUGGAAGCCACAUGAACUCAACUCUGUAGACUUUCGUCUAAAGAUUAUAACAGAACGUGGCGAGGGUCUGCUUACAAAGAAAGUUGGCUUUCUCUAUGUGGGUGGACAUGAUGCCCCAUUUGGACGCAUGCAAAAGCUAACCAAGGAGAUACGCGACCUGGACAAUAGGAUAGUCGAGUGCACGAUGAAUCAAUUUGGCAAUUGGGAGUUUAUGCGCGAGCGCACAGACAAAAAGCUGCCGAAUAGCUUUAAUACGGCCAUUGCUGUUGUCGAGAGCAUAAAGCAUCCUAUCACCAAGGAAUAUUUAAUUAAUUACAUAGCUAAUUUUGGCUAUCGUGAUGAUCAUACAAUGAUGCCGCCACCAGUUGCUCAAAGGCCACAACAACAACAACAGCAGCAGCAGCAGCAGCAUCAUCAUCACCAGCAGCAGCAGCAACAACAACAACAGCAGCAACAACAGCAGCAACAAAUCUAAAUAGUCGAAGGAUGCUGCAUAUUAAGACAUAUAACAACAACAACUAGCAAAUUAAUAAAGGCAACUUGAUUACUUCGCAUCUUACGCAUUUGUAUGUGGUACACAAUUUGAAUGAAACAAAAAACCUCCACAUGUUAAAUGCAAAUUGUAUAUUUAUAAUACUC